AUGAACAUAGAUGACAGCCAUGAGAGUGAAGAUAGUCAAGACAGCCAGGAGGAAAUUUCAACUGAUAUGCCAACCACAUCCAAGAAGAAUGAAGAUGAAGAGCAACUCAGAACACUUUUUCAUGCUGCGAUGAUACUUCAAGGCCAAAUAAAAGAUUGCACCAAUUUCUAUCAAAGCUGGCCACCAACACCAUCUGAGCUCACCACAAAGAAUGCUGCAACAAUGGUUCCUCCUUCAUUGGCACUUUUCCUUUCAUGGUUGCUUGGAUUUUCAUCUGUACCAACUAUGGAUGAACAUUUGAAACUCAAGGAGAAGGAUUAUUUGAAAAUGCUUUCCAUUGCACAAGACAUUAUAUAUGUAAGCUCAAAUGGUAGAAAGCACACACCUAAAUCCCUUGCUCUUGGUAUGGCAGUUAGACAGAUUACAGGAUCUUAUCAACUCACAAAAAUUCUCAAUGGAUUUGGAAAUUCAGUUUCACAUCCAACAAUCCGGUCAUUUGAUACAGCUCUAGCUUUACAAGCUAAAAGAAACAUAGUGGUCAUACCAGAAGGAAUUAUUCCAAGCAAAUUCACGAUGAUGGUUUGGGAUAAUAUUGAUUUCCUUGAGGAGACACCAACUGGUGCUGGAACUACACACAUGGCUAAUGGCCUAGACCUUAAAUCCAUCAAAAAGUCUGUGCGAUCUUUGAAGACUCCUGAGGAACCACUGCAAACUUUUGUUUUAGGCAAGAGAGAAUCACCAAAGUUAUUGCAAUUUUUACAAGAAGAUGAAAUCAGCACAAGUUUGGUUGCUUAUAAGCCCAUACUAAACCAAAGUUUGAUGUUGGACUUUAUAUAUGUUAUUUGCAAAUUCUUUUGUGAUGACCUAUCUGUGCUACUUCCUGGUUGGACAGGAUUUAAUACACUGAUGAAUGAAAAGCCUGCAAGUGUAUCAAAAAUUGGUUAUCUUCCUGUUAUAGAUGCACCAGUUACUGACUUUGCAACUAUUUUUGGCAUAUUAAGAAGAAGUUUAGACAUUGCCAAUCAGUUACAGCUUCAAUAUGCAGUGCUGAUUUUUGACGAAGCAGUUUAUGCUAAGGUACAACAGGUACGAUGGAAAUAUGAGGAAUUUAUGUCAAAGUUCAUUGUCCGUUUGGGAGAAUUCCAUUCAUGCAUGUCAUAUGCUACAGCAAUAGCAUGUCGCUUUCGUGAUGCUGGCUUGCAGGAUAUAUUUAUUGAAUCUGAAAUUGUUGCACAAGGAUCUUUAAAUGGUGUGUUUAGUGGCAAGCACUAUAACCGAUGCAUUCGUGCCCACAAGUUGGUUUUUGAAGCGAUGGAAAGACUUCGUUUUGAAGCUUUUUUAGACAGUCAAACAACUCUUCAAAAGUCUGAAAUCAUUGGCUUAGUGAAAGAAAUAAGUGGCAACUUGAAUAAAGAACAUUUCGAUGCUUAUGUAGAAAAUGUCACAAUACAAGAGAUUGGAGAAAGAUUUCAGCAGUUCAUCGAAAAUGAGAGUCAGAGGAGUGCUACUUUUCAGUUAUGGUCAUCCUAUAUCGACAUGGUAUACCUGCUGUUAACAUUUAUCAGAGCAACACGCACUUCAGACUGGAUGCUCCACUUAUCUACAAUUAGAGCAAUGCUGCCUUGGUAUUUUGCAUAUGAUCGCAUAAAUUAUGCAAGAUACAUGUCUACAUACUGGCUGGAGAUGAUCUGUUUGGAUGACACUCAUCCAGGUGCAUCUGCUGAAUUAAGUUCAAAGUGGACUGUUCAACGCCAGCAAAAUUAUGGAUUUUCCGCAAUUGCCUGUGAUCAAGCAAUAGAGCAAACAUGCAACAGAGAUUCCAAAACUAAAGGUGGAAUUGUGGGCUUAACACAAAAUAGAGCAGCUAUAAACAGGUGGAUUCUUGCCCAAGCUGACAGGUCUGCAAUAACAAGGAAGUGUGAAUUAAUGGCAGGAGUUGCAGAAGAACAAAGAAUGCGUAAAGAUCUUGAUAACACCCAUAGCAGUAAUCAUGAAGAAUCUGUUAAGCAAGUUAUAUCAACAGUGUCAUCCAUGUCAAACCCAUUCAGUCCUGACAGUCCCAAAGAACUGGUCAACAUUUGCAGCGGAGUGGUAGCAGAUGAAGUAACGACAGCUGAUGUGAAAAAUGCAUACAAUAAGGGAGACCAAAAGCUUGAGGAUUUCUUACACAAUAGAUUAUUAUGUGAGGAACCAGAUAUCUUUUCAAAUAUAGGAACAAUGAAACUGAAAACAUUCAAAUCCAUGUCAAAAUCCAAAAAAGUCAAAACGUCUUCUGGUUCCACGGUUACGGUGAAAAAUGAUGCACGUUUUUGGGCAAGGCUUUUGGUUAUUGCAAAGAAUCGAGACAUUGAUCUUGAAAAUGUGUUUACAUACUCACUGAGAGCAUAUCCGCGCGCCUUAGCAACUGAUUACGGUGGUCUGGUUAAGACAUCAAAGUCUAAACUGCUUCAUACUCUGGAGAAAGAGGCUGGAGAGCCAUUGAUUGAGCAGAUUCCACAAAACAGUGCCACAAUUAUCGAUGGUAUGGCCUUACUGCAAGCGUUGAAAACCAAAGACAUCCCAGAAAAUUUUGGGCAACUGGCUGAAUUACUACUGAAGAAGAUAAUUGCUAUUGCUGUUUUCAACAAAUCUCAACGUGUGGACUUUGUUACAGACAGGUACCCUGAGAUCAGUACAAAAAAUGUUGAAAGAACAAGCAGAGCUGCGUCUGGUACAAAUGUGUUCUCAAUACUAAGUGAGCAACAGAGAAUACCAAGACAGUGGAAAAAAUUCAUGAAUGUGGGAAGCAAUAAGGAGAGACUAAUUGACUUUCUUGUAGAGGAGUGGAAAAAGGCUCCUCUUUCCAGGUUGGGAUCAGUGGAAUUUUUUGUCACCAAACAGGAGAAAUGCAUUAAAAUUCAUUCAGCUGGCGAUGCUGGUGUUGUUGUUGCUGAAGAGAUUUCAGAAUUAGAAUGCGAUCAUGAAGAAGCUGAUACUAGAAUGUUUGUUCAUGCCCAUCAUGCAGCAGAGUCAGUUGACACUGUUGUUAUUAAGAGUCCAGACACUGAUGUGUUUGUGAUUGCUAUUGCCAGUCAACCAACCAUUGAUGCAAAGCUGAUAUUUGAUACAGGAACUGGAAACAAUCAAAGACGAAUUGACAUUAACGAAGUUGCUGCCUAUUUUGGUACUCUGUGGUGUAAAGCAAUCAUUGGCUUUCAUAUAUUUACAGGCUCUGACUCAACAAGUGCUUUCUUUGGAAAAGGUAAAGUACGAGCAUUUAAAGUAGCAAGAAAUAGUGUGGAAUUUUCAGAGGCAUUCGCUACUCUUGGUGAAGACGUGAACAUCCCUGAAAAUCUUGGUAAAAUCUUAGAAAAAUAUGUUUGCUAUCUUUAUGGGCAAGAUAAAGCCAAAUCGAUUAAUGAUGCACGCUAUACAAUGUUUAAAUUUGGUAAAUGCACAGAAGAGUCACUCCCACCAAAUUCCGACAGCCUCCAUCAACAUAUCCUCAGAGCAAACUUUGAGUCCUAUGUCCGCAAGCAUGCAACAAUUCCAAUUUUGGCAUCACCCUCACCAGUGGGAUAUGGUUGGAAACUUGAAGAAGGUGAGUUGCAAAUUGUAUGGGGAACACAACCUCCUGCACCAGAGAGCAUCCUUGAAUAUGUUGAUUGCAAAUGCAAGAAAGGGUGCACAACAAACAGAUGCUCUUGCCACAAAUCUGGUUUAAAAUGCACUGAAUUGUGCCAGUGUAAUGGCUGUGAAAACUAUGAAUCAGCGGAGGAACUGAGUGAACUUGAAGCACAGUUUCUAGAAUAUGAGUAUGGGGAAGAAGGCGAUGAUUAUGAUGAUUAGAUUCUGGUAUAAAUUGUAUAAAAUUAAUAAAAUAGGUAUUACUAGCUGCAAAUGUUACAGCAGUUUGAGAGUUUAUUUGCCCUGUCUAAUAUAAAUAUUCUCUGUAAAACACAUUUUACAAAAUUUAACAAAACUGAUCGUAAGCUGAGUAUAGUCAGCGUACUAGUUCAUGUGCACAAGUACUAUUACAUGCACUGUAUAUUGUUUAGUUUUUACAACAGCGUAGCAGAUAUAUCACACAUAAGUGCUGAAACAUUUUAAUACUGAGCAAAGAUGUAUUAUCAUACAACUGUUUGUUUACCUUAAAUUUAUGUUUUCAUUUAUACUGUUAGCUGAAUCGAACUGAACCAUGAACUUGUUUAUUUGUCUAUAAUAUCACAUAUCUCAAAAUGUGCUGGAAGUGAAAUUUUGUUAAUGAAGCAGUGCGUUCGGAGAUAACCCAUCUCCGAUUACGACUUGU